AAUUCUGUCCACAAAAAAACACAACGUGCGUACGUCUCCAUUCGAUACUACCUAACCCACUGCAACUACUUCUUGUUCUUCUCCUCCUUUUCCUGAGCUUAUCAUUUAGCACGCAAGCAGAGUUAGGGGUACAUCCAAUUGAAUAGAAGACCAUUUUCACAUAUACCAUUGAUAUAUGUGUGUAAGACUCUGAACCCAUAUUUACGAAGAAUUUAAGUUUAAAUCUUGGAUCCCUCUAUGCCUGCAGCGAUAAUUUCCGAGUACUGAUGAUGACUAGCAACAGCGCUGAGCCCCUUCUUGAUAAUCAUCAUGAAGAAAAAGAGGUUGGAUUUGUUAAAGAAUUUGGUGGAGAGUCAAAGAGGCUAUGGGAGUUGGCUGGUCCAGCCAUUUUCACUUCGAUAUGUCAGUAUUCACUUGGUGCACUCACUCAGACUUUUGCUGGUCAAGUUGGUGAGCUUGAACUUGCUGCUGUCUCUAUUGAAAACUCUGUUAUUGCCGGCCUUGCUUUUGGUGUCAUGCUGGGAAUGGGAAGUGCAUUGGAGACAUUAUGCGGACAAGCAUUUGGUGCAGGACAAGUGAGGAUGCUGGGAAUAUACAUGCAAAGAUCAUGGAUCAUUUUGCUCACCACUGCUUGUGUUUUGGUCCCUAUUUAUGUCGUCUCCCCUGCUAUUCUCCUUUUCGCUGGUCAAACCACUCGCAUCUCUAAUGCUGCUGGAAAAUUUGCUUUAUGGAUGAUACCACAGUUGUUUGCUUAUGCGAUGAACUUUCCAAUUCAGAAAUUCUUACAAGCUCAGAGGAAAGUGUUAGUGAUGGCAUGGAUAUCUGCUGGAGUUCUAGUGCUUCAUGUCCUUUUUAGCUGGUUAUUUAUACUGAAACUUAAAUGGGGUUUAGUUGGAGCAGCUGUUACUCUCAAUACGUCAUGGUGGCUCAUAGUAAUUCUGCAGCUGCUCUACAUCUUUGUCACCAAAUCUGAUGGAGCUUGGACUGGAUUCUCAUCCUUGGCUUUUCAAGACUUGUUUGGCUUUGUCAAGCUUUCGUUGGCCUCUGCUGUCAUGUUGUGCUUGGAGUUCUGGUAUUUGAUGAUACUGAUCAUAAUCACAGGUCUUUUACCAAACCCAUUGGUGCCAGUUGAUGCUAUGUCUAUCUGCAUGAACAUUAGCGGAUGGCAGGCCAUGAUUUCUAUAGGAUUUAAUGCUGCCAUCAGCGUGAGAGUAUCUAAUGAACUUGGGGCUGGCAAUGCACGUCUGGCAAAAUUUUCAGUGAUUGUAGUCUCCUUAACAUCAACUGUCAUAGGAGCAACUUGCAUGAUUGUCGUGCUAGCAACAAGAGACUAUUUUCCGUACCUUUUCACCAACAGCGAAGCAGUUGCUAAUGAGACGAAGAAGCUGGCAAUGUUGCUCGCUUGGACAGUUCUAUUAAACAGCCUUCAGCCUGUCUUAUCCGGUGUUGCUGUUGGAGCUGGAUGGCAGGCUCUUGUUGCAUACAUUAACAUUGCAUGCUACUAUAUUGUCGGUUUGCCGGCUGGAGUACUUUUGGGCUUCAAAUUGGAUUUGGGAGCUAUGGGAAUAUGGGGUGGAAUGAUUGGAGGCAUCUGUUUGCAGACCAUUAUCUUAAUAGCUAUUACAGCAAUGACAAACUGGGAGAAAGAGGCCAGCCUAGCUGUAACUCGUGUAAAGCAAUGGGGAGGAGCGGCUGCAAGUGACUAAUAUGAUCCUGCGGCUCUAUUGUUUUUGUGGCAUCCAUUUUAUCAUCUCUUGAUUAAGAGAUCAGAGAGGAUUCUGGUUGGCCGAGUAAUAAAAAGUACUAUUGCUGUUAGCAUGAUGGACAUGAUAUUGUGAAUAUUGGAAACGUAAAUAGAGAUACUCUAGAUAUAUGAAAAUAUACUUAGAGAUAUUUUAUAUUUAUUGUAGAAUAUUGUGUAGCAUUUAACUUGAGAAUAUUACGUAGAAUAUUUGGUAGGAUUUACAUUAAGAGUAGAAUAUUUGGCGUCCUUUUAUCUCUUAUUCCUCUUGUGUAUAAAUACCUAUGUAGUCUGAUGUAUUUGAUCAACAAAUUGAUAUAGUCAUUCUUCAGUUUCUCUCU